AUGGACAGGGGGAGGGGUUUGGGAGAGGGGCCAAAACCGGGAAAAAGCGGAGGCCCGAGAUGGGCCAGAAAUCAAGGUAAACAGGUGCGAUACAAAUUCACGGGAAUGGGGGGGGGUAUCCUUGGGGCCACCCCCCUCAGGCAAGGGCCAGCAAAAACAUCCCAACUUCAGCAAGGCCGUUUUUUGGCCGAAAACCGGGGCACUCAGGUCGCGUUACAAAUCCAC